GAAAGGGCUUUCCCUGAACCCCGGCGGCUCCAGCCUGGCGCUCCCCAUCGCUGCCGCUCGCUGGUUGCGACUUAAUGUGUAAGCUGCGGUUACAUUUUUAAAUAGCAGGUUUUGUUCGCCUUAAUAAACGCGUGUUAGUCGGGGCUGCGAGCAGGUGGAUAGGACUGGAGGAUCAUAAGAUUGGUCUCUAUGCAUAUUGCAGAUUAAGCUCGCAAAUAGGUGCAGUUAAUAAUUUCCGCCCUAGUUAGGCCUGGAAUUCUUCAAACUCUGCUGGAAUGCUCGUUUCUAAAAGCAUAGGUGGAAGCCUUAUGCUGUAGUUUUCCACUUUAUUUUUGAUGUGGCUAAAAUUCUGUAAUUCAGGCAGGUAACUGCAGUGUGGGAAAUACCAUAAAAAUUGAAAUGAUGCUGUGAUCUCAAAAUUCUAAAGUGACCCCUAAACACAGGAAGGGAAGACAAAAAGAAAUCCACAAAAGAGAUAUAAUUCAUAGUGAUUUGCAACUACUGUGUCUUCUAUGGUUGUUUUUUUUUUUCCCUAACAGAUUGUAAAAAGUAAACCUAAUAAUCUUACUUCUGUACUUCUUCUUGACAUUUAACCCAGUGUGCACAGAAAUCAUACAGGGCAAAAGUCAAAACCUCCACAGUUACUUUUGCAGGAAUCCUUUGAAAUAUCUAAUAAAGAAAUUAAAUUUGAAAACUUAUUGACUUCAUCUCCUUCUAGCAAAAUAUUGGACUUCUAAAACACAAGUAACAGUACUAUUUUUUUUAUCCAGUGCUUCUAAUUUUGUUGGGUUUGGGGUUUUGUAGAUAAGGUGCUGAAAUCUAAAACUCUUCAACAUUUUACUAUGCUUGCUAGCUUUGUGACGUUGUUUUAGCAUUAAAGAAUCCUAAAACUCUAAAACAUGUGUUUUUAUAUUCAGUAUAUAGAAAAUGCAGUGACUGCACACCUCUCCCUGUGACCUGACAAGUACACUUUAAAUGAACCUCAAUAGUGACCAUCUGAAGUCCUGCUGUUUCAGAGCAAAUAGUUCCGAGGUUCUGUAAGCGGAGGAGCCCUUUGGUAGCAUCAGGCUAUGAGUUGCUAUGUAAGAUGAACUGUAGGCGUUUACUUGCCCGUCUGUCUGAAUUCGCAUCAUCCUACCUCGGUGGAUGGCUUGGCCUCUGGGAUAGUUCGAGACUUUUGGAUGACCACACUUUAUGCAAAAUCCAGAAUCUUCCUGCCUGGACUCCUUUCUGUUUUCUAAGGGUUCAUGUUGGGGAGAGGCCUAAAGCGCAAGCUGAGUGACUAUGAGGAGAGCAUGGCUGGUCUCUCGAGUGCCUUUGAUUCCAGUCGAGGUCUGCCCUACCCGCUCAAGCGGCAGCUGGUGCUCAACAUGUGCCUCACCAAGCUGCAGACGUACAAAAUGCUGGUGGAGCCCAACCUGCACCGCUCCGUGCUCAUCGCCAACACCGUGCGGCAGAUCCAGGAGGAGAUGAGACAAGAGAGCAACCAGCAGCCAGUGAAUAUCUGCCCUGGCAUUGCUCCUGCUUCUCACAGCUACACAGGGCUGGAGUCUCCUGGGAUGUCCCUUCAGUUGCCUUCAGGAGUUGGUCAGCAGGAGUCUCACUGCUGUGAGCUGCGGUCUGUAGAAGACCCGAUUGAAAACAGCCUGCUGAUCGUUUCAGACGAUGACAUGUCAUCUGCUAUUUCGUCUAUUCUGAAGGAUUUAGACUUUGUAGAAGAUAUCAGCCCACCUACUUGUCUGGUUUCUACUGGAGAUGACCAGCCAAAGUUUCCAGAAAAUACUGGUCUGAAACUAGAAGAUGACAGACAGGAUUUGAAGGGAGCUGAAUGUGUGUUUGGUUCCUUUGAGAUUUCAAAUUCAACCAGUUACUUGAAGGAUUUGGCAAUAGAUGACAUUUUUGAAGAUAUUGACACUUCAAUGUAUGAUUCAGACUUCUGUUGCCCUCCCCUGAUGCCGCCCAGAUCACCAUCUCUUGCUACAGAAGAACCAUUGAAAACCUUCCCAUCUUGUAAUUCUUCUUCAGCAAACAACAUUCAGAUAUGUAGAACAGAUCUGAGUGAGUUGGACCACAUAAUGGAAAUUCUCGUUGGAUCCUGAUACUUGUUUUACCCAAAGAUACUUUUAGACUGCCACUUGAUUUGGUUUCAGGAUAAAAGCCACUGGAAUAGCUGUAAAGAAUUCUUUAAAAAGCAAACUAAAUAAUAAUUUGUCCAUAGUAGAGUUUUCUGAAUAAUUCCAAAACUUACAAACCAAAAAAGUGGCAGAUUUUUAAAAAGAAAAAUUAUUUAUCAGAACUGUGCAAUCAUAAUUUUCCUUCCAGGGUGUAUGUGGAACAAUGGGCACAUACCCUCAUCACCCCUCAUGCCUCUUUCAAUAAACUUUUUUAUGUGCAAUUUUUAAUUUGACAGAAGAAUUUACAUGCAAAGCAAAUUUCAUACGAGGUGAUCUUUUAAAAAGCCUCCACUUUAUUUUUAAUAUCAGAGUCUAUGCCAGGCUGGCAUCUGUCAAGUUGCAGAGUUAGAUUGUGUGGAUUGCAGACACGUUCUUAGAGAUGGGUAUAUUUUAAAAAUGAGACACGCUUUGCUUUCUUUUGGUCAGAAAAGCAGAUCAAGACACUUACCAACAAAGUCUCUUGCAUUUUCUAAAGCAUUCAGAACUAUUUAUUUUUGUAAAUUUUAUAGUCUUUCUACAUUUUACUACGUUAUUUCAUCAUAGUUCAAAUAUAAUGGACUUCUAGUUGGAUGUGUUUAGCACUACCUCUGAGCUGAAAUGCUUUAACUCUUUCCAGUGCUUCAUCUGAGACUGCAAAUCUUUUUGUUUCUGUUUCUUUCUGGGGGAAAGUACUUCUAACUCAUUAAGUUGAUCCUUUGACAGUGACCUUGCUGAUUUGUGAAAUCAAGGGUAUUCAAUGUUUAAAAACUUUUAAGUAUUUACAAAUUAAUUUAUAUGUAGAUUGUGCAAUUUAACAUUUUUCUGUCAGUAUUAUGUGCUUAGAUUUUGAAUAAUCUUGGCGUUCUUUAAAUUAAAAUUUACUAUGUACAGGUAGCUUUUUAUUCUCUUUUGGAAAACACUGUCCUUCAACCCUGUUUUCACUACAAAUUUUAAGAUGAUUUUUAUGUGCAAUAUUAUUUAAAGAGAUACACAUUUGUAUACCUGGCAUUGUGGGAAGAAACGCUUCAAACUUAAAACCUCUAGCACCUUUGGAGGAUACUCAGCCACCAUUUCUUCAUCCUUUCAGAAGCCCAGCUGAGAGCACUGAGAACUCGUCACCCUCUGCUGUGACAGCCCUGGAGCACCCGUGGGGCUGUGGGGAGCCAGGGCUGGUGGCUCUGUCCCUCCCCGGGGCUGGGGCCACCUGGGCUUUGGAACCCCAGAGCUGCUGCCCCAGGCUGUCCUGGGUGGGGCGGGGGUGUUUUUAUGCAGAUACACAAACAUCCUGCUCAGCUGGAGAUGAGAUUUGCAGUGAGAACUGGUUUUCCAUCAGGCAGUUUGGGUUCUGUGUUUCAGCCUGAACCGAGGUCUCGAUCGAUCCCUGCUAUCGGCUUCCGAGUUUCACACUUGCACACUGCUUUUUUUUGGUUUGGAUUUUGUUUUUCUUUUUUUUCCUUCUUUUUUUAAUUAUAAAACUUUUACUUUGUUCUUGAAAGAUGCAGCACCUGUCUUGGAAACUUGCAGUUGUAAAAUCUUUGCUUUGGUUUGUUGUUUUUUUUUGAUUUUUGUUGUUCUGCUGAGACUUUCUAUGAAUGGAGUGUCGGCAGAGGGAAAAAAUGUUGCCUGUGUGUUGCAUCUCACAGAAGUUGAAAUCCUGGCCCUGUUGAAGGGGCCAGGGUGUCACCUGGUAUUUCUAGUCUUAACUGAUGCUGUGGCACACCUACCUUGUGCAGAGAUCUCCAUUUUUUACUGUGACUCUCUUGGUUAACAGUUAGCUGCCGACAUAAUUUGGUAUCCCAGGCCAAUGGAGAACCAUUUCAGGUCACAUCCUCGCAGCCAUCCGGGUUGUUUAGCAACUGAAGGGUAUAAAUGUAUUUAUAUGCAUAUAUUGUAUUGAUUCUAAUAUAAAAUUUCUGAUCUAAAGCAUUUUGAAUUGCUGGAUAAAGGGAUUUGUUUGAAGAGUGUAUAGCUAGUUCUUGAAGAGGUACAGCUUCAGAAUGUACACAGAUUGUGCAUUGUGUAUAGACUACUCUGGCUUUUCCUCAGCCUCUACUUUUGUAUUAAAAAUAUGACUGAAUAAAUCCUUGAAAUAUUAAGGGCCUUCUGCACUGUGAUGAAACAGAGAUGCGGUUAAAAAUGUCUUUAAAUUCAGUGAUGAGGGAUAAAAUAAAAAGACUGCAUCUAAUCUCUUUUUGCAUUUGAAAAUAUGGAAUGUUACUAUGCAGUAAAGAUAUUUUGGUAUGAAAAUUGUAUCAUAUAGCAAAUAGUGAACACUUAAUAAAUCCACUUACUUUGCAGUCUCUACAGAAACAGAAGAGAAGACAACUUGCUUUUCAACAUUUAUGUACUAAAGUUUUUUGUAUACUGCAGCAAAAGAUUUAAUUGUUGGUAGAUCUUUUAUCAACAAUUCAAAAUGCAAUUUUUGUACAAGUGCUGGCUACAGAGCUCUGUUUCUAAUUGGUUGCUUGUGUCACAGUGCCAAGACCAUGAGCUGGUGUGUAAUGCAGUUUGGUUAUGUUUGGAAUUAUGUGCAAAGGGAAGUUUAAUUUUUAAAUAUGCACAAAUUAACUUUAAAAUCCUUCCAUGUAAAAUUAAGUUAGAGGCUAGUUGUGGUGGACCUAUUUAUUGUAUGUUUGGAAAUAAAAGCCACAGUUUUGCAUUUAAACCAGUUAUAUUUUGGAGCUGUUGGUAUGUGACUUUUUUAAAAACAAAGCAUAAAAAAAUCUGUGGCACCCUGCCACCUUUUCUUUGGUCUUUCACUCACAAAGACAUGGCAUUUUCCCUAGG